AUGGCCAAAUUAAAGUCAAAAAAGAGUUCAUUAACUGGAUCGCUAGACAACAAGAUCGUUGAUCUUAUCUACCGUCUCUUGGAAGAAAAAACUUUGGAUAGAAAAAGAUUAUCGAGACAGGAGAGCCAAGGGGAAGAAGGCGAUAAUAACGAGGACAAGGAAGAUGAAGACGUAUUUGAAUCGAUGUUUUUUGCCAAAGAUUUAACAGCAGGCGAGAUCUUUACCUUUUGUUUAACUAAGGAUUUGUCGCUUCAAAGAGUGAAAAAAGUUAUCUUACAAAAGACCAUCGAUCGUAUGCUCAAAGAUGUCAUUGAAUCAGAGCUUGAAGAGUUCGGUUCUUAUCCCGGGUACAACAAGGAAGAAGAAGACAAACCUAGCUUCGAAGAAGAACUUGCUAAGAAGAACAUGAUGAUCGAUCAAGAUACAAACGAGAUGAAUAAACGUAUUACUAGUUUAUGGUCCAAACCAGAAUCCAUCACAGAGCCUGUAACAGGCGCAGAUGAUGCGAAACCUGAAGAAGUUAAAAAAUCAAAGAAAAGGUCCAAAGAAGGUACAUGCAAGGUAAAACGUCAAAAGGUCAAAGAAGAUAGAACCCCUCCUAAUUCGUCUUUGAAAUCCCUAGGUGGUAUGGAUGAUGUUGUUGCGCAACUUAUGGAACUCAUAGGUUUACCGAUUCUUCAUCCAGAAAUAUUUUUAUCAACAGGUGUGGAGCCACCUAGGGGUGUUCUGUUACACGGCCCACCUGGUUGCGGUAAAACAUCCAUUGCUAAUGCAUUGGCCGGAGAAUUAAAAGUUCCCUUUAUUUCUAUAUCUGCACCUUCGGUUGUUAGUGGUAUGUCAGGUGAAAGUGAGAAAAAAAUUAGAGAUUUGUUUGAUGAAGCCAAGAGUUUAGCACCAUGCCUAAUUUUCUUUGAUGAAAUAGAUGCCAUUACACCCAAACGUGAUGGUGGCGCCCAAAGAGAAAUGGAAAGGAGAAUCGUCGCUCAGUUGCUGACCUCAAUGGAUGAACUUACGAUGGAAAAAACAAAUGGAAAACCGGUUAUUAUUAUAGGUGCCACAAAUAGACCCGACUCAUUGGAUUCUGCCUUAAGAAGGGCUGGCCGAUUUGAUAGAGAAAUAUGUUUGAAUGUUCCCAAUGAGGUUUCAAGACUUCACAUUUUGAAGAAGAUGUCGGACAAACUGAAAAUAGAUGGCACCAUUGAUUUUGCUAAGUUGGCAAAAUUAACUCCAGGGUUUGUCGGGGCUGAUUUGAAGGCUUUAGUUACUGCCGCUGGUACAUGUGCCAUUAAGAGAAUUUUCCAAACUUAUGCUAAAAUACAAUCUCCACCGAGUACAACAGCGGUUUAUUCAGAGGAAGAUAAGAUGGAAAUCGAUGACGCCACGAAUGAGGACGAAUCCAGCUUGAGAAAUACUGCAAACAUGAUUGAUCCGUUGCCUCUCUCUGUAGUUCAGCAGUUUAUUCAUAACUAUCCAGAACCUCUAACAGAUGAUCAGUUAUCAUUAUUGUCGAUCAAGUACGAAGAUUUUUUGAAAGCCUUGCCAACAAUUCAACCAACAGCAAAAAGAGAGGGGUUUGCCACAGUCCCAGAUGUUACUUGGGCAAACGUUGGUGCAUUACAAAGGGUAAGAAUUGAACUAAACAUGGCUAUUGUCCAACCUAUCAAGAGGCCAGAACUUUAUGAAAAGGUAGGGAUUAGCGCUCCUGGCGGUGUUUUAUUAUGGGGACCACCAGGUUGUGGUAAAACAUUAUUGGCAAAAGCUGUUGCUAAUGAAUCUCGUGCAAAUUUCAUAUCCAUCAAAGGUCCGGAAUUACUCAACAAAUACGUCGGUGAAUCUGAAAGAUCUAUCAGGCAAGUUUUCACCAGAGCAAGGGCCUCUGUACCGUGCGUUAUUUUCUUUGAUGAAUUAGACGCGCUGGUACCAAGAAGAGACACCUCAUUAUCUGAAUCUUCUUCAAGAGUUGUCAAUACCUUAUUAACCGAAUUAGACGGGUUAAAUGAUAGAAGGGGCAUUUUUGUGAUCGGUGCAACAAAUAGACCUGAUAUGAUUGAUCCUGCUAUGUUAAGACCUGGUAGAUUAGACAAGACUUUAUUUAUUGAACUACCUAAUACGGAAGAAAAACUUGAUAUUAUUAAGACAUUGACCAAAUCACAUGGAACACCGUUAAGUGACGAUGUCGAUUUUGACAAGAUUAUCAAGGAUGAGAAGUGUAACAACUACUCAGGUGCUGAUUUGGCUGCUUUAGUCAGGGAAAGUUCGGUCUUGGCCCUGAAAAGAAAUUUUUUUAAAAAUGAAGAAAUUCAAUCCGUCCUUGAUAAUGAUUUGGACAAAGAAUUCGAAGAUUUAUCCGUAGGAAUAUCUAACGAAGAAAUCAUUGUGACCAUGUCUGAUUUCCAAAGUGCAUUAAGAAAGAUCAAACCCUCAGUGAGUGAUAAAGAUAGACUGAAAUACGAUAGACUAAACAAGAAGAUGGGUCUAACGGAGGAAAUGAAGGAUGCGGAGGAAAAUAAAUGA